AUGGAGCAGCAUCCGCGGCGCUUCACUCGCGCUCUGAAGCAUGACCCAUGGGAACCAGGGGUGCCUCACGACACAGCGUGGUCUUGCAGGUACCGGCAUAGGCGUUGUGCAAAGCUUGGAGAACGCUCUUUCCAGACUUCCGUAGCCCGAAAGCGCCACAGCGCCAGUGUGCACGUCUCGGCAGCGUUCUGCACGAGCCUCCGAGGCACAGUCGUAGAACGCAUCCUGCCGGUGUCUCGAGCAUGCAGGCAUGCCACACCUACGAUCAUUUUUCGUACAAGCGUAUCCAUCUCGAAAGCUCCACGCAGAUACAUCAUCAAACAGGCGAUAUUCGGUCCGACACUCGAGCUGGACGCGGCAGCUGCUCGCCCGAUGCAUCACCAAGAACUCGUUUGCGAUACGCCCAAGCGGCAGCCGCAGCCACUCCUUCUAUAUGCAGCUCGGCCGAGGCCUCACUACGGACGUGUUCUCGGGACGCAGCACCAGCAACCCGUGCAGCAGCAUAGGUUUCCGCACACAGACUUUCGUGCAACGAGGGAGACUCGUUCCGAGGUCCGGUAUCGGAGCGUCCUCGAUAGCGGCCAACUCGAGGCGACCGUCCGUCAGCAGAAGCUUCAGAGUGCGCUCGGGCCCGCUUGGAAGAUCCGCUUUUUCCUCAGCGGCGCUGACGUCCGCAACGUCCAGCACCUGAAAAACGAGAAGCUCCCCGCGUAUGGGAACGACCACGCCGUCUUCCUUGGAGAGCAGCGCUGGCUGUGCCUCCGCAGGAAGGCUGCCUCUCUCGACGACGCGCCGGUCCUCAAAGUCGACUGUUUCCAGAGCAAACGUUACGAGUUCUUCAACGUCUGGGUAACGUUCGUGUGCUUGCGUGAGCCAGUCAAGGCUGAAGCACGGAAGGCCCCGUCUCCAGAGCGCCCGUUGGAGGUGCUCCAACCCGGACGCCAUCGGCGGGAGAAAACCUUCGAGGUGGACAACGGUUCAAAACCGCAGGACCCGCUCCAGCCCAGAGGCGAUGCAGCUGCCGCGUACCCAGCCGUUGUUACCCUAGAGAACAGCACGUUCUACGGAACGCAUUUGCGAACGAGAACGAUGAGGCCCAACGUGAUCACGCGGGAUACUACAGCCGUGUUUAGACCCUGCAAGAAUACUCUCUUCCAAAGCGUUCCCAUUCCGCAGAGCGUUGCCGCAGCAAACGCCGCUUGA